CAAAUUGAAGUGAUACCAUGCAAAAUUUGUGGAGAUAAGUCCUCUGGAAUACACUAUGGAGUCAUCACAUGUGAAGGCUGCAAGGGUUUCUUUAGGAGGAGUCAGCAGAACAAUGCCUCUUACUCAUGCCCCAGGCAGAGAAACUGUUUAAUUGACAGAACCAACAGAAAUCGUUGCCAACACUGCCGACUGCAGAAGUGUCUUGCCCUAGGAAUGUCUAGAGAUGCUGUGAAAUUUGGAAGAAUGUCCAAAAAGCAGAGGGACAGCCUGUAUGCUGAAGUGCAGAAGCACCAGCAGCGAUUACAGGAGCAACGGCAGCAGCAGAGUGGUGAGGCAGAAGCCCUUGCCAGGGUAUACAGCAGCAGCAUCAGUAACGGCCUGAGCAACCUGAACAACGAAACUGGUGGCACUUACUCGAAUGGGCAUGUCAUUGACCUGCCAAAGUCCGAGGGUUAUUAUAAUGUGGAUUCUGCCCAGCCCUCCCCAGAUCAGUCUGGGUUAGACAUGACUGGAAUCAAACAGAUAAAGCAGGAACCAAUCUAUGACCUCACUUCUGUACCAAACUUGUUUACCUAUAGCUCUUUCAACAAUGGGCAAUUAGCUCCAGGGAUAACCAUGACUGAAAUAGAUCGAAUUGCACAGAAUAUCAUUAAGUCCCAUUUGGAGACGUGUCAAUAUACAAUGGAUGAACUACACCAGCUAGCAUGGCAGACCCACACAUAUGAAGAAAUUAAAGUAUACCAGAGCAAGGCAAGAGAAGCAUUGUGGCAGCAGUGUGCCAUCCAGAUCACUCAUGCUAUUCAGUACGUAGUGGAGUUUGCAAAGCGGAUAACAGGCUUCAUGGAGCUCUGUCAAAAUGAUCAAAUUCUACUCCUUAAAUCAGGCUGCUUGGAAGUGGUUUUGGUGAGAAUGUGCCGUGCCUUCAACCCACUCAACAACACUGUUCUGUUUGAAGGAAAGUAUGGAGGAAUGCAAAUGUUCAAAGCUUUGGGUUCUGAUGAUCUGGUGAAUGAAGCGUUUGACUUUGCAAAGAAUUUAUGUUCCUUACAGCUGACUGAGGAAGAGAUUGCAUUGUUUUCGUCUGCUGUUCUGAUAUCACCAGAUCGAGCCUGGCUAAUAGAACCAAGAAAGGUCCAGAAACUUCAGGAAAAGAUUUAUUUUGCACUUCAACAUGUGAUUCAGAAGAACCAUCUUGAUGAUGAGACCUUGGCAAAGUUAGUAGCCAAGAUACCAACCAUUACUGCACUUUGCAACUUGCAUGGAGAGAAACUGCAGGUAUUUAAGCAAUCUCAUCCAGAUAUAGUGAAUACACUGUUUCCUCCAUUAUACAAGGAGCUUUUCAAUCCAGACUCUACCACGGGCUGCAAGUGA